AUGGUUAGAGGAGAACAUAAUGCUUACAUCCCGACCGAUCUCAUUCCAGAGAUACUCUCAAGAUUGUCUCGAAAGUCAGUAGCAAGGUUUCGUUGCGUGUCAAAGUUAUGGCGGUCUAUACUUAGCGGUCCACGUCUCUUAUUCGCACUUGAACGAUCCAACCAUGAGUUUCUCUUCUUCUCAUCUCAUAGUCCAUACGAGAAGUCGCCUCUUGUGGUAACUGCUGAUUUUCACAUGAGGUUCUCUCAAGACUUGUAUCCAAAUUUUGGUGGGUUUACCUCUGGUUUGAUAUAUUUCUCUCAUUUGCAAAUAUCAAAGAAUGAAUGUUGGCAGCGUCAGAUAUACAAUUUAAAUACAGGACGGAAUAUGACUUUACCUAGACUGGAUAGGUACAGAAAGUGCAAUAGCUUCCUAGGGUUUGAUCCGCUUGACAAGCAGUUCAAAGUAUUGUUCAUGGCUUAUUUAGGUGGUCCUGAUGAUGAUAGAAUCCUGACGGUAACCACAGGAAAAAAAAAGUGGAGAAAGAUCGAAUGUCCGAUAAGACCUGAGCCCUCGUGUGAUCAUUGGAUAUGCAUCAAUGGGGUUUUGUAUUACAUAGGUAAAAAUGGAGGUGAUAGUUACUUGAUAUGUUGCUUUGAUGUUAGGUCUGAGAUAUUCCAGUUUGUUGAAGCAGAUUGCUUCCGUAAUCCACAAGUUACUCAACUGAUCAACUAUAAGGGUAAAUUAUGUGGAAUAGACUUGACAUAUAAUGAAUCUAAUGCCAUUGUGUUGCAUAUGUGGAUUCUAGAGGAUGUUGAGACAGAAGAAUGGUCGGAAUAUGUUUACACUUUGCCGGAGAACGAUAUCUAUGAGAAGAUUGUUGUUGUUGGGAUGACUACUACAGGUGAGAUUAUUCUUUCAGAGAAGUAUACAUCGAAACAGUUUUGUGUUUUCUACUUCAGUCCCGAAAGAAACACUCUCCGAAGAGUUGAAAUCCGAGGUGUUGGAAAAUACCGUGAAGCUUUUGAGGAUGACUCCAGAGUUCAUGCAUUUUUAGACUACCUAGUAGAUGCCAAGUUUAAAUCAUAA